AGGAGGGCGAGAAGGUGGCGACUAAGUGCAUCCGGGUCUCCAGCACCGCGACGACCCGAGGACGUCGUCGAACACUUCAUCGAGAAGUUCCGGCCGGACAUGCGCAUGCUCGACCUCCCCGAGUAUUCUCUGUACGAGGUCCACGUCAGCGGAGAGGAGAGGAAGCUUGGUGCGCGAGCCUUCCCCCUCUUCGUGCAGCUGAACUGGUCCAAGGACGACCGGGAAGGGCGCUUCCUUCUCAAGCGAGAGGGCGACAAGCCCAUCUCCGCGAAGGAAGCCAUCAAGGAGCAGAGCGACUUGAACAGGAGGCUGUCGAAACGAGAGUCGAAGAAGAAGAAGAAGAGGGAGAAGGAAGCGGACCGCAACAAGCAGAACAAACCAGAGGAGCCGAAGCCCGAGGAGAAGGUACGUCGCCGUGACGACGGGGCGGUGUCGCCGUGA